AUGAAUGCCCUGAGCAGAUCCUCUGAGGUAGUACUUCCUGAGCUGCUGUCUACUGCUACCAACAAGCUCUAUUUUUUUAGACUGAUAAGUGCCUCUGAUUGGUCCAACCUGACCCUUCAUCUGGAGGGGUCCCUGACCAGUGCUUUGGGUCACUAUCUUGACAACUGGAGGCGUAACGUGACAGCUGCAGCCAACGCUUUAGACAAGACACUGGCUGAGGAGAACUUCAGGGAUGUCAUCUGGUAUCUGGCAGUGAUGAUCGGCUUAUUUGCCUUCAUCAUUGUGGCCAUCCUGGUGAGCACCGUCAAAUCCAAGAGGAGGGAGCACUCGAAUGACCCCUACCACCAAUACAUCGAGGAGGGCUGGACUGCUCAGUUACAGCAGGGAGGGGUUAUAACUAACUUUGGAGUUUAA